CGGAACCCCAUUAUCUUUCUUUGUCCUGACCUGGCAAAAUCACCCCGUUUUGUUCGUGUGUUUGGUUCAUCCGCCUUUCCCACAAAUGAGAUGAACACAUCACCGGCCCGUCGAGAAUCAAACGCCCUAUAUACCGCCUCUCUUUUCAUUUUGAUUGCAUUAACGGCUCUAUGUCUAGCCGUAUCAGCUGCUGAUGUCAUUAUCCAAGCAUUAGCCGACAAGAAUCAAUAUGGACAACAUGACUAUCGCAAUCUUUUUGUCGUCGGAGGCAGCUACGUUUUGCUUGGGUUAUUAGCAUUCAUUUUUUCAUGUAGUCGACUAUUCACUGUUCGAAGGUCUCUUGCGGAUAUCCCAAAAUUGCAUAUCCCGAUCAGCGAGUAUGACUUGCCAAAGAAAGUUCAUAAAAGGAUACAAGAAGGUUUUACAGAUAUUCGGCACAUUCGGAGCUUAGCAGAGCCUAAGCCAGAAGACGUUGGUCAGCUGGGGUGGGCUAAGCCUGGAUCAGAGUUUGAGGGUGUCAAUUUUAAACGAGCCAUUACAAGAACUUCAGGAAUCAUCGAAAAAGCCGCAAUUGAAAUGGAUCAAGACUUUGUCCGUCCUGCUUAUAUUCCCUUUCGUCAGUAUGUCGAAUUUCUGUCACAGCACAUCAAGGUUGAUCGUUCAAUUGUAGAUGUCUAUCUUGAUGGAUACGAACGGGCACGCUUUAGUCAAGAUGAAUUUACGGAAGCAGAAUAUCUUGGCAUUAUGGGCCACCUCGCUAUCAUUCUUCGAAGCAUGGGAUACCUCACGGACAAUGAUGCGGUGAUUGAGGAGAGUAUUGGUAGCAGAGCAGCUAGUUCACGCAUUUAUGCCUCUAGUGGAUCAUCUAUGGCGGACUCUGAGGUCAAAAUUCGAGGUGGUUACAUCGUUCAAGACGGGUCAGACAGUGGUCUAUCUGAUAAUGCUGAAAAACAUAGUAUUCUUUCUUGGGAGAGCGCACGAAGGAUGAAUUGAGUGAUGGUGGAUUAAACAUCGUCAUUCUCAUAUUGAUAUACCCGCAUGCACAUGCCACUGGAACGAAAUCUGUGGACAAAUCCAAAGAGUGCCAUGCUUAGUUUCCAUGACACUCUGUAGACUUUCUCCAACUUCUGGAAGGCAGCGCCUACAAAGAGUAGUUGAAGGAACCUCAUUUUGAUAUAUUUCUGUAGAUGAAAGAUGAUCCCCUAUUGCUGCAUCUUAUUAUUAUAUAACCACUUUCGUAAUAUACUUUUGAAACAAUGAAUUUUUUCAAAGCAAG